CACACUCCAUUGACAUGAACUACUUGAGCUGGAGUGCUAAGCUCAUGUGUUGAUGACACGAGUCAUUCAUUGCUUGCAGGAUGGAUAGUGUCGAUGUCGAGUCCAUAUGUAGGGCUACCUUCCAAUGUCUAAACCGCCAGAUCGACUAGAGACCCUUUAAUUGCCUCUCUGAACUCUGUGUGAGUGAUGGAACAACUACCCAGGUGUGUGGUGUAUGCUCUUAACAAGCGACAUUGCCAAUCAAGCGCCGCUUCGCCGAUUGCUGCCUACUGAGAAGAAGGAAUAGACGAAUCAUCUAUAAUCACCGUGUUCCACCCUUGUGGUGCAUGCUACAUUCCACAUUCAUGUCUCAACACGAUGCCAUAAUACCGUUUAAAACGUCGUUCUACAAUGAUAGUGAGACAUUAUUUUUACCACUCAAACGGUAAACAUUAACAAAACCAUAUUUUGUAUAUUUUUACGUGAAAAUCGUUAAAAAAUCACGACAUCCUGAAGUAAAUUUCUAUAUGGAAAUUGACUUUGUUCUACUUGCUCUAAAUCAUAAUGCCGUAUUAAAUUAUCAAGGAGUUGGCGGACAGUGGAGCCUCAUCAUUAUUCACGAACUCGUUUUUCCUGUUUAAUGCAAACCAAACAAAUUACGCGAAGAUGAUAUAUGGGGCCAUUUGAAGGAAUUAGAUCAACCCUUCACCAACCAAACGCGCACGUUGUCACCCUCUAAAGGAUUGGCUAAUUGUAGUCUCACCCUCACCAUCUCAAGCUCCACAGAAGAGUGUCAAAAUUGGGAUUGGGCGAACUCUGGUAUUUUCCAUUCCCAAAUGGCAAAGAAUGAACAGGCGGCCGCAGCCUGCCUCGAUUCAACCUGCUGUCUGUGUCUGAACUCUGAAAGUCUCCAGCUUUGAAUCUCCAUUUACUAAUAUACAAACUUGGGCUUCUUCUUCCCUCCUUCCUUCCGCAAACUUGUUGCUGUGGAUAUUAAACAAAUAAAAAACGACUUGUUAGUUGUUAGCACGUAUUCAUCACCAUCAACUCAUACACAGACAAGAGAGCUACGACACCCCUCCCCACAACCCACCAAAAUAGUCUUGUUCCUUUCCGUUUUCUUUUAAUUUAUCCAUCUUCCCUUCCGUUGUUCUCGUUGGCUAAACUCUCCCUUGUUUCCUCCGGAUUUCUUGCUGAGCUUUAUUGUGAUCCUCUCUGCGAUACCAAGCACUGUCUUCUCUAUUCUCAACAUCUCAGCUCUAUCAAAAGGGUUUCCUUUUCUUUCCUUUUUUCUCGCGUCUUUGCUCUGGCUCGGGCUCUUUGCUUCUUUUCUUCAUUGGUUAGCCCCCUUCCCCACUUUCCUCUUUGCAUCUUACACGUUCCCCUUUAUGCCUUUUGAUCGUCUCUUUGGUUGUGACGAUUUCCUUGAUUCAGUGGACAAAAGGGUUUUCCAUAACUCUCGAAGUUUCCGCUGGGUUUGUUCUUGUAGAUUGCUGUCACUCGUAGGCUGGUUUUGUUCGUUCUCUUUGAGUUCGUUUUGACUUGCUCCAGUUGGGGAAGUCUCUAAUCUAUCAAAGUUUGGCGUAUUGAAUUGGUCAACUUAAGUUCACUGCACAGUGCAGGGAUUUUAAGUAUUUUUGCCGAUCUUUGCAAUACCAUAUGUUUUUCUUUUCUAAGGAUUACUUUGUGGGGAGGUUUCAGCUUGGAAUCGAUAUGCUUUAGUGAAAAGGUUGGAUCUUGAUGUUGAAAUCACUUGGGAUCUAUUGGAGGUGAUCUGAGGGUUCCAGGAUUUGAUUAGAUGGGUAAUAACUGUGUUGGGCCAAGCACUGCCAAAAAUGGCUUUCUCCAGACUUUUUCUGCUGCAAUGUGGAGAACCAGAGUGCCAGAUGAUGCAGCUCCUCAGGGAAAUGGAGAAGCGAUUCCGGAGGUGGUGACCAAUAAAGGAUCUGAAGUACCUUUCCAGGUUCAGGACAAGCCCCCAGAGCAAGUCAUCAUUCCUAAAGCAGAGAAAAGGGACGAACCUGUCCCUGAUCAGAAGGCUGAACCAGCUGAGAAACCUAAGAAGAGGUUUCCAGCUCCAGAAAUGAAGAGGGUUGGCAGUGCUGGUCUUCGGGUUAGCUCUGUGUUGCAGACUAGAACUGGCAAUUUCAAGGAGUUUUAUAACUUGGGAAAGAAGCUAGGACAAGGGCAGUUUGGAACCACGUUUCUGUGCGUGGAAAAAACUAGUGGGAACAAAUAUGCUUGUAAAUCGAUCGCGAAAAGAAAGUUGUUGACUGAUGACGAUGUGGAGGAUGUGAGAAGGGAGAUUCAGAUCAUGCAUCAUUUGGCUGGCCAUCCAAAUGUCAUAUCCAUUAAGGGGGCUUAUGAGGAUGCAGUGGCCGUUCAUGUUGUUAUGGAGCUAUGUGCUGGAGGGGAACUCUUUGAUCGGAUUGUUCAACGUGGGCACUAUUCAGAAAGGAAAGCUGCACAGCUUACUAGGACGAUAGUUGGAGUUGUUGAAGCUUGUCAUUCACUUGGUGUGAUGCAUCGCGACCUCAAGCCAGAGAAUUUUCUCUUUGUGAACCAACAAGAGGACUCAUUGUUGAAAACAAUUGAUUUUGGGUUAUCAAUCUUCUUCAAGCCAGGGGAAAGGUAUUCUGAUGUAGUUGGCAGUCCUUAUUAUGUUGCUCCAGAGGUUUUGAAAAAACGUUAUGGUGCAGAAGCUGAUGUUUGGAGUGCUGGAGUGAUUCUCUAUAUUCUGUUAAGUGGAGUGCCACCCUUCUGGGCAGAGACCGAACAGGGGAUAUUUGAGCAGGUUCUCCAGGGUGAUCUUGACUUUGACACAGAACCUUGGCCAAACAUCUCCGAAAGUGCUAAGGAUUUGGUUAAGAAAAUGCUUGUUCGAGACCCCAGAAGGAGACUAACUGCUCAUGAAGUUCUGUGCCAUCCAUGGGUACAAGAAGAUGGUGUAGCUCCUGACAAACCUCUGGAUUCUGCUGUACUAAGUCGUCUGAAGCAAUUCUCAGCCAUGAACAAACUCAAGAAAAUGGCUCUUAUAAUCAUUGCGGAGAGCCUAUCAGAAGAGGAAAUUGCUGGGCUUAAGGAGAUGUUCAAGAUGAUUGACGCCGAUGGGAGUGGUCAGAUCACUUUUGAUGAACUUAAAGCUGGAUUGAAAAGAGUUGGGGCUAACCUCAAGGAGUCAGAAAUCUACGAUCUAAUGCAAGCAGCGGAUAUAGACAACAGCGGCACCAUUGAUUAUGCAGAGUUUAUUGCUGCAACACUGCAUCUGAACAAAAUCGAGAAAGAGGACCAUCUCUUUGCAGCCUUCUCAUACUUUGACAAGGAUGGAAGUGGCUACAUCACUCAAGAUGAGCUUCAACAAGCUUGUGAGGAGUUUGGCUUGCAAGAUGUUCGCUUGGAAGAGAUGAUCAAUGAAGCUGAUCAGGACAAUGAUGGGCGCAUAGAUUACAACGAGUUCGUGGCUAUGAUGCAAAAGGGAAGUGUAGCUGCAACCCCAGGAAGGAAGGCACUAGAGACUAGCUUCAGCAUGGCGUUCAGAGAUGCGCGGAAACUCAACACCAGCCAGUAAGUGCUGUUUGCUUUUUUGUCGUGUGUUUUUGGUUUCUUUGCCACCCGUCAUCUGAAGAACCAAAGGCCUGUAGUAGUGUAUAGUAAGUGAGGAGGCGGCUAUGCCACUCUCAACCGAGAUGCCAGCGAACAUUGUCAAAUUACACAUCGAUCUGGGUUUGGACCUGCAAAAGUGGGGUGUUCUUUGUCACUUCUUUUCAUUUUCAAAUGUAAUACUGCGCUGUGCAUGGCUUCUUUAUGUUGUUUGUGACAAUGUCGACUAGAUGAACUGUAGUUAAUAUUUUUUUUUUAAUUAUUAUUUAUCAUCCUUAUAGUUCAUUUGGAACCCAUGUUACAAAUUCUUUCUUUGUUUUUUCUUGUAAUAGUUUUUUUUUUACACAUAAUUUUUUUUUGAAAUGAUUCCUCUGUAUUGCUUGGUAUUAUUGGGAGUGGAAUUCAUACAAUUGUUAGUGUAAAAAGAAUAAAGCGCUUGAUCUAUCGACAUUAUCACUGGUGUAAUGUCUGGUUGUUCCCGAAAAGCUCAGGGCUUCGCAUCAUAGUUGUCAAACUAUUGGUAGGUAUGUCACUGGUAUAAUCGAGUUCAACAAAUAUCGGAGGAAAACCAGGUGGAAGGACCAUAAAUAUGAAGCAAAUCAUUGCAAAUCAGUAACUUGUAAAGAGAAAGUUGAGAAUGACUAGCACAGCACUGAUGAUGCUGAAGAUGUUGAUACGAGUAGAAGGAUAAACAACAGUGAAAGCAUUGUCCAUAAUCAAAUUGGUGUCUGAUCAAAUUCCAAUUCAAGAGGUGAUUUUUUUUAAUGGAAGAGUUGAAAAUUUCAAACUCACGAAAUCCAUGAAUUUGAAAUCAAAAUUUAUUUUAAAUUCAUGCACUAAAAAAUUUCUCGCCUCCAAUUUUAGGUGAACUAAAAAUGAUAUUGGCGCUUUCAAUUUCAGGGAUAAAAAUAAAAUGCUUCAUUCAAAUCCCAUAAGCAAACUCCAAGCCCUAAAUAAGAAAAAUACUACUAAUCUCAUAAAACGACGGUUGGGCUUGGGCCUGCAAGCAAGGAGGAUCCAUCAUCCCAUAGUUCCUUUCUAGUUUGACCGUACUGACCGACCGGAUCUGCUUCAACUGUCACCAUAAUAAACACAACGGCCCGUU